AUGGGUAAGAAGGCCAUCCAUUUCGGCGGCGGCAACAUCGGCCGUGGCUUUGUGGCGGAGUUUCUUCACACUGCCGGCUAUGAAGUUGUCUUCAUCGAUGUGAUGGACAACAUCAUCUCAGCCCUACAGUCCACCAAGUCCUACCAAGUUACUGAGGUCAGCGAAGAGGGUGAAACCACCAAGACCAUUACCAAUUACCGUGCCAUCAACUCCAAGACCCACGAACAAGAUGUCGUUCAGGAAAUCUCCACCGCUGACAUUGUCACUUGCGCCGUGGGCCCCAACAUCCUCAAGUUCAUCGCUCCUGUGAUUGCCAAGGGAAUUGACAUUCGAUCCACACCCAAGCCACUGGCUGUUAUUGCCUGUGAGAACAUGAUCGGCGGGACCGACGCCUUGCACGGCUACAUCAAGGACAAUACUGACCCGGCCCGGAUCGACACUCUCGGCGAGCGAGCUCUGUUUGCCAACUCGGCCAUUGACCGCAUUGUGCCCGCACAACCCGCCGACGCUGGACUUAAUGUGCGCAUCGAGAAGUUUUACGAAUGGGUCGUCGAAAAGACUCCCUUCGCCAAAGUGGGACAUCCCGAGAUUGACGCCAUCCACUGGGUUGACCAUCUCGAGCCCUACAUUGAACGCAAAUUGUUCACCGUCAACACCAGUCAUGCGACCGCUGCCUACUACGGGAAAUAUGCCGGCAAGAAGACCAUCGCUGAGGCGAUGCGUGAUUCGUACAUUAAGGGUGUUGUUCGGGAUGUCCUGAAUGAGACUGCGUCGCUCAUCGUUGACAAGCACGAGAUCUCCGCCUCGGAACAGCAACGCUACGUGGAAACUAUCAUCAGCCGCAUCUCCAACCCCUACCUGGAAGACAGCGUUGAGCGUGUUGGUCGAGCUCCGAUGCGCAAGCUGGGUCGCAAGGAACGAUUCAUUGGUCCAGCCGCGCAGCUGGCGGACCGCCACGCACGAUACGAGGCCUUGUUGGGAUCGGUGGAGAUGGCACUGCGCUUCCAGAACAUCGAAGGCGAUGAAGAGAGUGUGGAGCUGGCCAAGAUUCUCAAGGAGAACUCCCCCGGUGAUGCUGCUGUUCAACUGACGGGCCUGGAGCGGGAGCACCCUCUGUUCCAAUCGGUGGUGCAGGUGAUCGGCCGGGUGCAGUCUGAGGCAAAGGCCCCAGGUCAGCCGCGCAUCUAA